AUGAAGUGCUUUACGCGGAAGUCAAUGUGGUGCACCGCGGAUGAGACGUGGAAAAUAUCAAUAUCUCGCACCGCCAUCGAAGGUGGCAAAGAAAAUCGUCUUCGCUUCUUUGGUCAUAUAAUAAGGAGAACAGCAGAUCAUGUUGUACGAGUUCUGAGUUCGUCGGGUUUGAGCUGGAAGAGGCCACCUGGCCGAGAGCGGAAGUUCUGGACUGAAGUGGUCAAAGAGGCCCUGAGCGCACUCGGCGUGGAUGGGCAGUUCAGGCGAAAUAUAAGGUUUCGCAGGAUAUGGAAUAACGACGAAUGGAUCGAUUCCGUGCAAGCUCUCGCACAAGAUCAGGAAGGAUGGACAGAUCUAUGUUCAAGGACGAUACACCUCGGCGAAGAUGCGGGUAACCGCGUUAGGCGAUGA